AUGGCACGCCUCUCAGGACUCCAAAAAGAGGUCCUCGCACUCUACAGAAACUGUCUAAGAGAGAGUCGAAAGAAGCCACAAGCCACUCGCUCACAUUUUGAGAGCUUUGCCAGACAUGAGUUCUCUAGGAACUUGGCUAUCGAUAAGCGCGACUUUGCCGCCAUUGAAUUCCUCUUACGGAAAGGACGACGCCAACUUGAGGUCUACGGCUCACCAGGCAUCAAAGACAUCAAAUAG